AUGGAGAACGACUUUGUGGAGCCAGACUUCAUGGACGGCUACUUUGGUGAUGGACCCUACGGGCCAACUUCAUCUGCGGUGGAAACCCAAGAUCGGUUCUCUUUCACCAACGGUAUUGAUCUUGAUCCGCUAUACGGAGAGGUGCACAAUGGUAUCCCACCCGGGUACGAACCCUAUGGGCCGACCGACUCUGCGAUGACAUCUCAAGAUCAGUUCGCCUUCUCCGGCAGCGCGCAGCUUGAUCCGACAUCCGGAGAAGUGGACAAUGGUAUUCCACCCGAACCAUAUGGGCCAAUUGCGUCUGCGGUGACAUCUCAAGACCAGGUCACCUUCACCGACAACCUCGAGAUCAUCUUCAACGACAAUGUCCUGUUCACCUCCACGGACAAUGUCCAGUCCACCUUCAGCGACAAUGUCCAGUCCACCUUCAGCGACAAUGUCCAGUCCACCUUCAGCGACAAUGUCCAGUUUGCCUCCACGGACAAUGUCCAGUUCACCUUCAGCGACAAUGCCCAGUUUAUCCCCAUCGACAACAGCCAGUUCACUUUCACUGAGAAUAUCCAGCUUGAUCUGACAGACGACGAGGUGUUCAACGGCAUUCCACCCAUUGAUGAACCAUCUGGGCCAAACCCCUUGGCAUUCUACGAUCCAUUCCUCGAUCUGUUCACUGCAGACACAAGUAUCCCGGUUGACCCACAGAUCCAAGAGAUGGAUAACGGUGUCCUACGCGAAAUCGUUCACACCGAACCACAGGGAUCCACAGACUCAUCCGUGAACCCAUCCACUGUGCCCGACACCGUCCAGCUUGAUCCAGAUAACAACGAUGACGACGGCCGUGCGGUCGCUAGAAGUGAACUCGAGGCUACUACCACCGUCAUCCACAGUGACCAGGUUGAUCCAAAUGGCGACGAUGACGACUGCAGUAUCAUCAGUCGAGGCGAAUUCGAGGCCACCACUGCCGUCAUGGACACCGCCCAGGCUGAUCCAGGUGACGGGGAUGAUGAGAUCCGCAUUAUCACGCGAGACGAAUUCGAGGCUACCCCUGCCGUAAUCGCCGCGCAGAGAGAAGCACUUGAACUGCUCCGUUCUAAGAGAUAUGAUGAAUACGUUCUGAGACAUCUCCCAGGCCUCCUGAAUGGGGCGCAGCUCAACCUCGAUUGGCUCUACGCGGGGGAAUCGGAAGACGGCUAUGAAGGCGAACCCGAAGACACACCCGGUACAGAGUGGGCUCUUCGAGAUGAUCUGUCGUACAAUGAUGAGAGAGAACUCAACGCCCUCGAUCUCCCCGAAGAGCCGGAUCAAGAUGCGGCGAAUGCAAAUGGCACAGUCUUGAUCAAUCGUGAAGAGGAGGAAAUGUCCUCUGGUGUUCGUGCCAGAAUUGACAACUCCAGCAACCCCUCAGCCGAAACGAUGGUUCAAGACCCAUUGACACGCAACUCAGACGUCGAGCUUGAUGAUGCCUUGUUGAACGACGGCCAGGCUCUUGAUUCCCACUUGUUCCGCUUGCAAGGAAUCUCAAUGAACCUUCUUCGUAUUGAGGAAGUCAUUCGCGAGGACGAAGCAAAGAACAAAGCACGGCUCGAGGCACUUUGGAUCGACAACACCGAUGUCCGCAGACGUGGGCUCCGAGGUGGCACAGCGCGCAAGAACAGACAGGACCACGGCAACUACGUCAAGUUCGGGGAGACUGCGGCGCUUAGUGCAGAGUUCCACCAACACCGUCUGGACGUUGAAAAGCAGGACUAUGAAGGACGCAACCGUCAGGCUGGCUUCUCUGCACUCGGAGAACUGCUCGAACAGGCGCACAGUUGGAUCCGGGAGCAAUUGGGGAUAUGUGAGGACAUGAUCCGCUGCAUGAACACCGGGGACAUCGGGUUGCCAUCAGUCAGUGCCAAGAUCUCAAACAUGAAUGCCAUUGUGUUUGGAGAGCCCGAAGAGAACCGCGCUGGGAAGAUUGCGGAUAUUGAAGAGAUGCUCCAGGCGUUCGCAGACGAGUACCAUUUCAAGCUGGACUAA